UUAUUUUUAUUUCUUUUUUUGUACUGGAAAAGAAUCAGUGUAAAACACAACUCAAAAACAAUAAUCCAGAUAUUGCAUGUUAAAUGUAACAGUUGCAUAAUAGCUUAGCGAAUGAGGAGGCAAUUAGAUGAAACCUGCCGUUCAUGCAAUAUAUGAGUAAGCAUUAAAAUACUCGGAGCCCCUUUCACUGCUUAUCGAUCUAUUGUCUCAUACAACUCGUGCAGAGAUGAGAGAAACACUUAGAAACAAUGGCAAAUCUGAGUGAUUACCGCGGAGUUCAUAAUAAGAGCUAUUAGGAGCACCAAUAAAAAGCUAUUAAGCUGUUUGACGAGUGCCAGUUUCUCUCGGAAUUCCUUGUGAUGUCAACAGAUAAGUAUUCAUUAAUGCCUGUUUGAUCCUCUUGAGUGUGAGACACAAAGUCGAUGCUUUGUGGAAUUUGUUGAUAAAUAUAUAUGCUCUCCGCUAAGACGAUGUCUACAAACGAUAACUUAAACGGAUAACUUUGGACAACUGGAUUGAGAAUCAUUCUUUUUCAUAUUUCGUAUUAUGAGGACUCCUUAAUACUCAAUUUGUCACUUACAGGUUACAGAUAAGUAAACCAAUAAGCAGUGCUGAAAAGUCUUAUUCCGUCACAUAUGGCGAGUGCGUAUUGUUACACGGAGGAUUUGACUAAUUUGACAAACCGCCUCACGACGGUUCAUUCCGUGACACCUUCCGCCGUCAUCUUUAGCUUAGGAGUGGGAGGAAAUCUUCUCGCCAUAUUCUUAUUGGUGAAACAUUCGAACACGCACCAAUGGCGGGUGUUUUAUCGGCUAGUAGCGGGCCUAGCAGUCACGGACCUCUUUGGGAUUCUAUCAAGUUCACCCCUUGCCUUCAUUGUGUAUAGUAAUGACUUUCGCUGGGUCGGAGGUCAACCGGCAUGUGACUACAUGUCCGUGGUGUUGAUUUUUGCAAGUGUGUCCACAAUGCUUAUUGCCACUUCCAUGUCGAUGGAUAGAUUUUUCGCCGUGUGUUACCCAUUUAUGUACAAAACUUUUGAGAAAAAGCGGAGGGUCCACGUGAUCCUGGCCUCGCUUUGGAUAUUUGCCCUACUUUUUGCUUGUCUUCCGCUUGUUCAUCUAGGUCAUAAUGUCCGACAUUUUCCUUGCACCUGGUGCUUCUUUGAUUAUUUUGGGACCAAUGUGACUGACAUCAUUUACUCCCUUUUGUAUGCGUCACUUGGAAUUCUUACUAUUGUGACGUCUAGUGUUAUCAACAUUCUUGUUCUCGUGGCAGUUGGGAAACAGGCGAAACGUCAUCACAAAGGAUUAAGCGUGCGUAGCAGAAAAGGCCGAAAAAGAGCCAAGAGAAAUGAAAUUUUUAUCCUGACCUUUAUCAUCGCUAUUUUACUGACCUUUGCUGUUUGCUGGUUGCCACUAAUGAUACGAAUUGUAACAAACAUUUCGCUGAAGCAGAUUCCAGACUACCCUUCUGAUCUUCUUGCCAUAAGGUUUGCCUCCUGGAACCAAAUUCUCGAUCCGUGGAUCUACAUUGUGCUGCGGAAGGAGAUGUUGGCUCGGCUGUACAACGUCUAUAGACGAUUCAAUAGACAAGAAGCGUCUGAAUACAGCGUAUGCAAUGUUGACAGGUCAGAGGUUAAUGAUAAUGGUGACAUGCGCAACAGACUGAAUACAGCCCAAGACGAAACGCAUCAGCAAGUGUUGACGCAAAGCUCAAAAGAGACAGGAAACGUUUUGUCACCAAAUUGAACAAACUGAAAUUAAAUGAAUUAAUUGCGAUAAUUAAAUUUUUUUAUGAAAUAUUUUGGUAUUAAUAUGUACCACUGUAAUAUCAAGAAGCUGAAUGAACUGGUUUGAAGUUCGUGAAUAAAAGAUUUCAGUCAUAAGUAUUUGUAAAUAUGAAUUUAAAGUACACUAUUUAAUGUUGAUUGAUAUAAAUUGAUUGAUAUAAAGACUAAUUAACAAAACUCAUAUAUCAUACAGGCAUCUCAAGUUAAAGGUACCGGUUAUUAUAGAUUUGCAGCUUUAUCGUUUUACAAAUUCAACUUUUAGGAAUAUAAUGCUUUCAGUAUGAACAUCCCUCUGAGACCUGUUACAUGUAUUGGAAAUCCAACGCGCAUGCACCGAUUUUCCAUUAUUCCAUGUCCAAUGAUUUAUUGCGAUAACAAUCUGUUAAUAAAACGGACAUUAAUUAUUUAUUAUGAAGAUGAAGAGGCGAUCUGCAGUAAUGGGUUUUGAUGGAUAUUGCAUCUUUCCGCCGGGGCGUACUCAUCAGUUUUGACGAUCGUACCAUGAUUAGCAAAAGCAAACAAUCACUCAUAGGAGCGGAGUAUGAAAUUUAAUGAUCCCUGCUCAUUACAAAUGCUGAAAGGCAAUGAGGGAAAGCAAUGUACAUGUCCUGAUUUUUCACAUUUAAUGUUCAUUAAUCUGUCAUUUUCGGCCCAUUGUAUGUAGAUUUAGAUACGGCAUGUAGGGUUUGGUUUCAAUUUAUCGCUUCAGCAGCAACUACUCUAGCCUAUUUGGCUACUUUGUUUUCUACUCACAGCGAAAUUAUUUUG